AUGCCCUCCUAUGAUCGGGAAUGGGUGGUGCGCGCUAGCAUGAAUGUGCGGAAGUGCAGUGAAGGAGCAGCUCUGCCCUCCUACGCUCCUCUGUUGGUGGGGAAAUGGGGGCGCAUGGAAACAGGGAAGGCGGAUGUGCAAUGGAGCAGCUCUGCACUCCUAUGCCCCUCUGUUAGCAUGCUAACGGUGGUGCGUGAAAGCAGGGAGGGUGGGCUUAGGUGCAGUAGUCGAGUAAACCUGCCCUCCUAUGCUCCUAUUUCCGUUCCCCCUCUGACCUCAGCUCCCUUCCGCCUCUCUCAACACCUCCCUUCCCACUCUGCCCUCGACUCCUUUUCCCCUGCUGUCCUAAUCUCCCUUCCCCCAUCUGCCCUCAACGCAGCACUCCCCUUCUCCCCCUUCUCCUUUCCCCCUCUGACAAUAAUCCCUUCCCCCUCUGCCCUCAACUCCUUCCCCCUUCCUUUAUCACCUCCCUUCCUCGUCCGACAUCACCUCCCUUCCCCCACUCACUGCACCUCCCUUCCCCCUCCCACAGCAUCCCCCUUCCUAAACCCACAGCACCUCACUUCACCAUUUGGCCUACCAUGCCAUCCGUCCUCUCUCAGCUCCACCCGCCAUCCCUCUGAUGCGACUUCUACCUCCCUUCCCCCUUCCCUAAACCCCCCUUCCCCCCUUUGUCCUCACCUCCCUUCCCAUUCAUCGCACACCUCCCUUCCCCCCUUUGAUCUCACCUCCCUUCCCCCUCUCACGACACCUCCCUUCACCCACUGCAAUAUCCUUUUUUCCCCCUCUGACAGCAUCUCCCUUCCACUUCUGACAAUACUCCCUUCCCCCUCUGCCCGUACCCCCCUUCCCCCUCCCGCAGCACCUCCCUUCCCCCCCUUUCAGCACCCUCAUUCCCCCUAUGACAGCACCACCGCCCUUUCUAUACCCACAGCCCCUCACUUACCCCUCUGGCCAUCCCCUCCAUCCCUCCUCCUUCAGCUCCCCGCUUCCCCCUUUGACGAUUCAUCCAUCCACCCUCUGACCUCACAACCCUUCCCCUUCUCAAAAACCAUCCGUUCUCCCUCUUCCAAAUCCUCCCUUGUCCGUUUGACCUCACCUCCCUUCCCCCUCUCACAGCCCCUCUCUUCCCCCUCUGACCUACCCCUCUCACUGAACCGCUCUCUUUCCCCUCUUACAGCAUCCCCCUUCACCCUCUCACCGGACCUCCAUGCCCCCUAUGAAGUGACCUCCCUCCCCCCUAGACCUCACCUACUUUCCCCCGCUCACAACACCUGCCUUCCCCCUCUAACCUCGCCUCUUUCUCCACUCCUGUCGUAA